GUCGUGCAGUGUCCGGUGUGGUUGAUUUCAGUGUUUCUCGUGCUUUUUUAAAAUAAUAAUUGAAGAUGCCUGCCAAGGGGACACGAAAAAGGAAAUUGAAGGAACGUGCAUCAUUGGAGAAGAACGAAAAUAUUGGGCCAAUUAAGGAUCAAAUUUUGUAUGCCUCGAUAAGUGUCCUUGAUAGCCAAAAGAUGAAAGUGUUACCGUUAAAAGAGAUCUUCUUUUAUUGGAAGAACUCCAGCGAAAAGUUACCUGUCACAGAACGAGUACUGCGUGCAUCAAAUAAUGGUCGCUCCUCAUCCCUGAAAAUUCUCGAAGAUGGUGCAGAGAAGGAUGUUGUCAUUGCAAAAACUUCAUAUGACCUAUUGCAACUGAGGAAGUCCUUGGAGAAUGCAAGGAGGCCAUUGAAACCAAAGUUAACCUGGGAACCAACGCAGUCGGUGAAGUCUUCAACAAUGAAGAUUGUUCCUCAGAUGGUUAAAAUUUCAGAACACAACAAAGAGAAAAGCGUAGAAGAAUCAAACCGUCGCCGCGAUUCCGCCAUGCAGCAAGAUGGAAUUCUGCAGAGCCCCAAUAGCCGUGAAAACCAGGGAGAAAUCGAAGUUGCUGUAGCGAGAGAUGAGUCAGCCUACUUUGGAAUUGUCGAAUAUUGAUUCUCAAAUUGAUGAAUUUCUCCUGUCUUCAUCACCACCUGGCGAAGAUCUCGCAAAGCUUGCAGAUUUACUAGUGCAGAAAUCGAAAACUCAGUCGAUCCCUACGCAGGUUUCAAAGAAUGAUGAUGAUCAAUCCAAGAAAAAACCUCGAGUUGUUGAAGGACACAGACUGCCAUCUGGUGAUAAUCGUACGGCUCAUGUUAUGGCAAUUACUGGCAAAAAGGCCUUUGCAACAACUUCCGGCGGGAAGAAAUCGGUGAAUCAGUCCAAUCCAAAAUUCUUGUCGCAUCAAAAUCCUUCGAGCAGUUCAACGCAGGAAGCUCGCAUUGAACAACUCGAAAAAAAUCUCAAGGAGUUAUCCGAAGAGAAUGGAGAGUUGAUGAAGGCAAGAGAUAGUGAUGCAGAUGUAAUUGAACGAUAUAAAAAAAAUUUUCAUAAGCGUAAAACGACGGUAACAAAAGACGAUCACCUGGUUGACGUAAUAGAGGAGAAAAUUGAAGAAACUAUUAAAGAUGCAUUUGCAGAACACCAGCAGCAGCACAUUUUUGAAAUUCCCAAAGCUCAGCAAGAAUAUCUGCUCUCUGAUCUGUUCAUCAAGAGUCUGCUGAAAGAAUUAACCGCACAAGACAUGUGCUACAGAGUAGUGCAGAACCUUUGGGAUCGGGAGACACGUAAUGUAAUUCGGUAUAACCAGCCUCGGGAGAAAUCGAAAGGAUUCAGGUUCGUCGACCCCAAGGAAACCCAACUGAUAACUCAGGUACUAGACAAUGCGAUGAACCACCCAGAUAUCGCACCAGAAACGGUGUUCAAUUUUGGCCCGAAGGAGGUUCGCUCGUGGGUCUCGAACAAGUUGGUCAAGGACCGAAAUAAAAAUAAGUCGAGAGAGAAACGACAGUCAGUGGACAAGGUGAAGAAGAAUGAAUGAUGAUUACCAUUUUUUGAUGUUUCUCUUCCAAGUAGAGUCCAGAAAAGUGCCUUCUAAUGUGCAGAACAAGUUGUAAUGGAUCAGUCUACUGUAU